AACAUCACCGAAGAUGAGUUGAGAAAAGAGUUUGAACCCUAUGGCGAGGUAGAGGAAGUUUUUAUUAAGGCUUUCAUCACCUAUGCGAGUCCAGAGGAUGCUCAGAUCGCCAAAGAAGCAACUGAUACCAAACUAAAGUUUCCGGGGGCAGAGCGUCCCUGCGAUGUGAUGCUGGCCAAGAACCAAGGCAUGUCUGGAAGCCCUGGGCCAGCUGGGGCUGCCCCACAGGCGCUAGCGGCAGAGGCUCCGCGGAAAGUCUUUGUGGGCUCCAUGCCGGACGGCAUUGAGGCCGAAGUGGUGAGGUCGGCUUUCAGUGUCUAUGGCGUUGUGGAGGAGUUUGGGGCGAUGGGGUGGGAGCUAUUCCUGAAGCAGGGCUGCGAGUCCGGACGUCAGUGGGGCUUCGUGACCUUUGCUUCUCCGGAGGAGGCGGCCAACGCUCAGGAGCAGACGAAUGGAGUCCUGUGCUUUGAAGGUUCGAUUCGGCCAUGUCAGGUGACCCUGGCGCGAAAUCAAGGCCUCUAUGGCAAUGGAAGUUUGAAGCCCAGCCCAAUCAUCGACAAUGGUCCAAAGAAGACGACGUUGCUGAGUCCCUUGCCUGCAAUGCAAGAUUUCCCUGUGCAAGACAUGACCAUUCAAAGCCAGCAUUGGGGCUUCGUGACCUUUGCCACAUCACAGCAAGCCCUGGAUGCCAAGGAGAGCUGCGACAGAACUCUGAUGCUACCAGGCUGGGUGUCGCUUACCAUGUUGCUGGUCCUGACUCCAGCAGGUCGACGGCAAGAGCCCGCUCGUGGAAGCCACGGAAGCCAUGGAAGCUACAGCCAGGGUGGCAGUUACAGCUCCAACUCCCGAGCCCCAGGCUAUGGAGCCACCAGCGGCAGCUAUGGCGGCAGCCGAAGUUCUGGACCCAUCAAGAGACCUGCAGUGAUUGGCGCCACUGACAGCAUGCUGGGUCAAGGUGGUCAAGGUACCCAAGGCAUCCCAGCAGCCCGAAGCUAUGGCACCAAGGGGGGCGAUAGGAAUGGUUAUGGCACCCAUCGCAGCCAUGAAUCCCACCCCUAUGCGCAAGAGACGCGGAGCACCACCUCAGUGGGAGGCCCAUGCAAGAUCUUUGUCGGUUCGUUGCCGGAUGGCUGCCAGGAGGAGAUGGUGAGAGACGAGUUCUCGAGAUAUGGCCGGAUCACAGACGUGUAUUUGAAGCAAGGUUGUGAGUCAGGCAAGCAGUGGGCCUUUGUCAUCUAUUCCUCAGCCGAAGAGGCUGGAGUCUUUUGGAGAAUACCAACCCAACGGAUCAGAGAUGUGAAGGCGAAGCUUGCGAAAGAAUCUACAGACAAGAUUUUGAAGCUCCCAGGCGCCUCCAAACCCUGCGAGGCCGGUAGGGAGGUGAUGCUGGCGAAGAAUCAGGGCAUGUAUGGCCAGGGCAAGCUGGGCACCGAUCUAAGGAAUGCCCUACAGAGUUUGAGCCACCCCCGGGCAAUGUCCCAGCUACCAAUGGGAAAGGCGCCACAUGGAUGUGACGAUGUGACAGCUCUGAAGGGCCGUGCAAGGCGGCUGACAUCGGCCGACGAUGCUCAAGUCUUUGUCUCACCUUCAGCGACGAUUGAAGAGGCGAAAGGUGCUGCAGUGCUCAAGACCUCGACAUCCCUUGAACUUUUAAAAAGCAUGCGCGCGUGUGCUGCUGGGGUGUGGAUCACGGAAGACCAUGGGGAU